AUGACUCCUCCGUCGGCUGCUUGUGAAGACAGUAAAGUGUUGGUGAGAACGACGUUGAGGGAGGUGCUGGCUGGUCGAGAGGAUCCAGAGGGGGUGUUUGCGGUGUGUGUGUCCGCUCUGGGGCACCAGGAGACCCGGUCACAGUUCCUGUCCCUCAUCCAUCCUCUGUCCACGGCCAACAGCUCCCUGCACUCCACCCUCACCUCCAUCUACAAGGAAUAUUUCUCCAGGACCGUAGAUGAUGAACUGGAAUGUGCAAUGGCACUCUCUCUACUGGAAAUGAAAGAUCACCAGCUGUCGACACCCAGCCAAGAGUCCAGACGACAGCAACCUGGAAACAGACCGAAUCAAAUGAUCUCUGUAUCUCAGCAACAGGGAAGCAGCCACACCCAGCUAGCAGAUGUAGUUGCCAGGAGAAAAACCAACAACUCACCACAAGCUGGACCCUGGGUCAAAGAUGGCCCACCACAGACAACCCCAAAACCUGAGCUUCAGAAAAGCACCCAUGCUGACAAAUAUGUAAAGGAGACACCAGGAACAAGUCAGACUGUGUGUGUCUCCAGACUGACAGACGAGGCAGAUUUGAAUCUAUCAGAGAAACCAAAACGCUCUAAGAACAGGCGACAGCGGCGUAAAGGCGCCGGCCAGCAGGUUGUGGGUUUGCCCUGUUCUCCAUCAGCUCUGCCACCGGUUCUGCUGUGGUUCAGGAGGGACCUGAGACUUUGGGACAACCCUGCUCUCAUCUGCUCCUUGGAGGUUGGUGCAUCUGUCAUCCCUGUCUUCAUCUGGAGCCCUGAGGAGGAGGAGGGACCUGGGAUCACGGUGGCUAUGGGCGGAGCUUGUAAAUACUGGCUUCAUCAAGCUUUGUCUUGUUUCUCUUCAUCUCUGGAGCGCAUUGGCAGCCAUCUUGUCUUCUUUGAGGCAAAUAGAUCUUCUUUGCAUACCCUUAAGGAGCUAGUAAAGGAGACGGGGGCGAGAACUGUCUUGGCUAACGCCCUCUAUGAGCCUUGGCUGAAGGAGAGGGAUGAUGAGGUGGUGUCAGCCCUUCAGAAAGAUGGUGUUGAAUGCAGGGUGUUCCACUCGUACUGUCUAAGAGACCCUUACUCUGUCAGCACGGAGGGUGUUGGACUCAGAGGAAUAGGUUCAGUGUCUCACUUCAUGAACUGCUGUAAACAGAACCCAGGGUCUGCGUUAGGGGCCCCCCUGGACCCUCCUGUAUCUCUCCCCACAACUGCCCACUGGCCUCAGGGUGUUUCUCUGGGCACGCUGGGCCUGGCACGCAUGCCCCGCAGGAAGGAUGGCACGACGAUUGACUGGGCAGCUAACAUCCGAGAAUCUUGGGACUUCAGUGAGGAAGGCGCGUGUGCCCGGCUAGAGACCUUUCUGAAUGAUGGUGUGUAUAGAUAUGAAAAAGAGUCCGGCAGGGCAGAUGCCCCAAACACCAGCUGUUUGUCUCCCUACCUUCACUUUGGUCAGCUCAGUCCACGCUGGUUAUUGUGGGAUGCCAAAGGGGCACACUGUCGACCCCCAAAGUUCCAACGCAAACUGGCCUGGAGAGAUUUGGCUUACUGGCAGCUGACAUUGUUUCCUGACCUUCCCUGGGAAUCCCUCAGACCUCCAUAUAAGGCUCUGCGGUGGAGCAGUGAUCGUGGCCACCUGAAGGCCUGGCAGCGGGGGAAAACAGGUUACCCUCUGGUGGACGCCGCCAUGAGGCAGCUGUGGCUGACAGGCUGGAUGAACAACUACAUGAGACAUGUGGUGGCGUCUUUUCUGAUAGCAUAUCUCUAUCUGCCCUGGCAAGAAGGUUAUCGCUGGUUCCAGGACACCUUAGUGGAUGCUGAUGUUGCCAUAGAUGCUAUGAUGUGGCAGAAUGGGGGCAUGUGUGGUUUGGAUCACUGGAACUUCGUCAUGCACCCCGUCGAUGCAGCAAUGACCUGUGACCCCAACGGCAGCUAUGUCAGGAAAUGGUGUCCUGAACUUGCAGAUCUGCCUGAUGAGCUUAUUCACAAACCCUGGAAAUGUCCCGCGUCCAUGCUUCGACGUACAGGUGUGGUCUUUGGCCAGACUUAUCCUGAGCGAAUAGUUACAGACCUGGAGGAGCGGAGGAAUCAUUCCCUUCAAGAUGUAGCUCUGGUGCGAAAAGAGUUUGGACAGUAUGUGGACAAGCGUUCAGGCUGUGAUUUGGUGCCUCUGCCCCCACGCCUCGUGUCUGAGGCUCUGGGCUUAUCAAACAGGGAUGGUGGUGUGGUAACAGAAGGGAAGCAGUUCCUGUUACCCGUUAUCACACGCAUGGAAUUCAAACACCAGCUGGAAGAUCCGGACGCAGACGCCGCCUCAAAUCCCUACAACGCUGUUCUUAAAGGAUACGUGAGCCGCAAGAGGGAUGAGACCAUUGCCUUCCUGAAUGAGAGAGACUUUACGGCCAGUGUGUUGUAUGAGGGAGUUCAGAGAAUGGAGAGGCUGGAGAGCGAUCAUCGCAGAAUCGAGGGACUCCCUCGGCCUCCUGCACCUCGGGGCAGAGCCAGACAAACUCCAACAGCCAAGGACAGGUUUUCUGUGUUACCUGGAGGGGCGGUCUCCUCCGUCAGGUGA